AGAGGCUCCUGGCCCUGCCCCAGCCCAGGCUGGAGGGAGGACCCAGGAGUCCUGCCCUGCAGGGUGGUUGUGCUGGCACAGGGCUCAGCUUGGCUUUGGACCCAGCUGUCUGCAGCAGAGCUGGGGGGUGGCACAGGCACAGUCCCCACAGGACCUGCCCAUCCCCGGGGGUGGGCAAUGCUCAGUGCCAGCCCCUCGGUCCCCUCCCUCUGGCAGCGCACCGCCCCAGGCUCUCCUGCAGUUGAUCCGAAGCAAGGAGCGGACAGACACUCCAGGAGCCGGGACAGCCCCUGGGUGGCUGGAUCCGGGACGCCUGGGGUCUUCAAGGAGCCUGGGCUGGGGGCUACAAGGACCACCCCCCCCUUAGUGGAGAGAAAACCCAGGGGUCCGGCUGCCCCCCACCCCACCAGCCAUGUGGGCAGUGGGGAUGGGCACAGUGGGCAGCGCCGGGAACAAUGCAUCGCUGCUGCUUCCCCCCAACGGGUCGUGUGGGGCUGGGGGGCUGCUGUGCGGGAACAGCUCGGGGCCCCCCAGCCCCCCACGCCUGGUGGAUGCCUGGCUGGUGCCCCUCUGCUUCGCGGCGCUGCUGGUGCUGGGGCUGGUGGGCAACUCCCUGGUCAUCUACGUUAUCUCCAGGCACCAGCCGAUGAGGACGGUCACCAACUUCUACAUCGCCAACCUGGCCGCCACCGACAUCAUCUUCCUGGUCUGCUGCGUGCCCUUCACUGCCAUGCUGUACCCGCUGCCCAGCUGGAUCUUCGGGGAGUUCAUGUGCAAGUUCAUUAACUACAUCCAGCAGGUCUCCGUGCAGGCCACCUGCAUGACGCUGACGGCCAUGAGCGUGGACCGCUGGUACGUGACCGUGUUCCCACUGCGCUCCCUGCGCCAGCGCACCCCCCGCGUCGCCGUCGCCGUCAGCCUGGGCAUCUGGAGCGGUUCCUUCGUCGUCUCCGUCCCGGUGCUGACGUACCACCGGCUGACGGAGGGCUACUGGUUCGGGCCCCAGACCUACUGCAGCGAGUCCUUCCCCUCGGUGGCUCACGAGAAGGCCUUCAUCCUCUACAACUUCCUGGCUGUGUACCUGCUGCCUCUGCUGACCAUCUGCAUCUGCUACACCGCCAUGCUCUAUCAGAUGGGGCGUCCUGCCGUGGAGCCGGCUGAGAAUGGCUACCAGGUGCAGCAGCUGGCAGAGCGCUCGGAGGCCUUGCGCGCCCGGAUCUCCCGCAUGGUGGCCAUCAUCGUGGUGCUCUUCACCAUGUGCUGGGGGCCCAUGCAGUUCCUCAUCCUCCUGCAGGCCUUCGGGCCUGGCUUCCAGCGCAACUACUACACCUACAAGGUGAAGAUCUGGGCCCACUGCAUGUCCUACGCCAACUCCUCGGUCAACCCCCUCGUCUAUGCCUUCAUGGGCGCCAACUUCAGGAAGGCCUUCAGGAAAGUCUUCCCCUUUGCCUUCAAGCAGCGGGUGGGCGGCACCGGCGCGGGCAGCGCCAACGUCAACACCGAGAUGCACUUUGUCUCCUCCGGCAAGUAGCGGGUGGAGGUGCCCUGAGCAGGGGGUGGGAGAAGGGACCUGAACCCCACCCCCCCAUGUGCCCCAUGGUCUGUCUUGUCCACCCCAGUCCUGCAGCCACUUCUGGGGUGGGGAGGCAGCGGUUGCUGGCGUGACCCAGAGCUACGCUCUGUGCCAGGUGAGGGCAGGAAGCGGAGAACGCUCCGUGCCGAGGGUGAGAUGAGCAGGCUCACCCAGGCCGACCACCUCUGCUAGCCGCUGCCCGGGUCAUCUAGCCACCGCCGUGCCAGGACGUCUGCUUUUCUGAAAGAGGCUGCACCGUCCAGCGCCUGGCACAAGCUCAGAGGGGGAGCAACCCUUCUGGGCCUUGGGAUUCGCACCACAGGUCUCUCCCACUGCUACAAACCAUCUGAGCCCCUCUGCACCCCAGCCCCAGGGGAAAAACUGCUCAUCGCGAUGUCCCCAUCCCUGCUGCAGACAGCAGCUCCUGUCCUGACACGGCUAUGUGCCACUUCCCAUCCUGGCUCAUGAGAGGCACUUUUGCUUGAGGGCAGGAAAAGCCCAGAUGCCUCCCUCCAUGUCUACCGCAGCACGGGCACUAGGACUGGGGCUCCGCAGGGAAAGCUGAGCCUGGGGAAAGGGAGAUGAAGGACCCUCAGCCUCUUCUCUUUAGAGCACUCAUCCUCCUGACACCACCUCUGCAUCGCAGAACUGUAGAAAAUGAGGGUUGAAGGGACCUCAGGGGGUCACAUCCAG